AUGGAGACGGACGAUGUUUACAGCGUUUGUUGGGCGAGAUUACGCCAGCGGUUUACACGUCGUAAUGAAGCUCUCGCAGCGUCUCAGUGGGUUGGAGUAGGUCCUGGGAAUAAAAAUGUUGGACUGCCUCCGCAGAAUCUGACGCUGCUGAACGAGGAGGGCCGGGAGAUCGAGGGCGGCGCGCUGGGCCCCUUCGCCGAGGGCGCCUCCACCGUCGUGCGCUGCGUCGCGGAGGGAGGUCGACCGCUGCCGCAGGUGUCGUGGUGGCGGGACGGCGCGCCGCUGGCCGCUGAGGAGGCCGCCCUGCAGGCGCAGCAGCAGGCGUUCGCGCAGAGCACGCUGCGAGUGGGGCCGCUGGCGCGCGCAGACCUGGGCUCAGAGCUGCAGUGCCGCGCUGCCAACAGCGACCUCGUGCCGCCGCUGCGCCGCUCGCUCGCCAUCGACCUGCUGCGUGAGUGCACUUUGCGUUUAGUUUUUCGAGGGCGCCCGCCUCGCCUGAGCCGCCCGCCACCCGCCCGGCGGGAUUUCGCGUGGUUGGCUUUAGAUGGGCGCUCCCGCUGGGCGAGCCCUGGAUGGCCCACCGCGCUGCCAUGCCGGUUCGAAUCUCGCGCAACGGAGGCAGCAGAGUUCUCAUUUGUACUAAUUCCAGCAUCUUUGUUUGAAAUAGAUUUAUAA